AACAGACAGGACAGAAAUGCUGGUGAGGGAAGUCAUUAAAACUCCUUUUUAAGUAAUUGAUGUAUUCUUAUUUUAUGUGCAUUGGUGUUUUGCCUGUGUGUAUGUCUGUGUGAGGGUCCCCUGGAACUGGAGUUACAGACAGUUGUGAGCUGCCAUGUGGGUACUGGGGAUUGAACCCGGGUCCUCUGGAAGAACAGUCAGUGAGUGCUCCUCAUGUUAUUUGCCCUGCUAUAAAGAGUCUGUUGACUGACAGGUGAGCUCACUCCCAUCCUGGUUCAUAGUUCUGAGGGUCAGGAUGCAGUCAACCCAGUUAAGAUGAGAUAGUAGUUUAUGUGCUGUGUGGAUGGGAAAGGAAAGAGAUGUCUUAAUAAAGAACUCCCCACUACUGAAUAUGAGUCUAUAGGUUAAUGGAUGAGGCUUCAUAGGACACAAACCAUCUUACCAACAAGAGGAGGAACCCGAGGACGAACUCUCCUUUGCUCACUCUUCUCUGGACCCUCAUUCUCUGUGCCACAGUAAGUGUAAAAGUCUGCCACUCUGCUAUUGUCCCACUUACAGUCUUUGUUAUAAUAUAAUAGAAAAUGUCACCUGUUCAGGAAUAAGCAAUGAAAACACUAGAAUUGCAAUCCCACCAUCCAGAAAUAAUCCGUUAUUAUAUGAUACAUUUAUUUUCUUCCUCCAUGAGCGCACAUUUCCCCUCACAAGGCUGACAUUGUAUAUCAUGUUAUCAUGUGCAUAUAAAGUUUCAUACUUUUAUUUUUUUCACCAAAAUUAUAUAGUAAGCAUUUGCCGCAUGCUAUUUUAUUAGUCUUCAAAAUUUUGAUUAAUAAAAUGAGUGCAGAAUACUUUCCCAGCAGAGGUUUUGAGCUUUCUUUUUGUUCUUGACAUAACACCUUGAAAGACGUUUUAAGCUAACAAUUCUGACUGUACAGAUAUCGUCUCACAGUUCUGUACUGAGCAUCUGUGGCAACAGGUUGGUAAUAGCAGUAGCUCCCAGCCGUCUCCCUGAGGACUGCCGCCCAACUAUCCCUUCAAAGACGUGCUGGCUCUGCCUCACUUGCUUCGGAGCUGGCUGAUCAAAGAAACCAGCUGGCAUACAGAAUGGCUUUCUUUCUGAUGUGGGCCAACCUGCUUCUACUUCUUCAUGGUGCAGUGUCCACAGAAGAGGUUCGGGCCCACCCGUUCACUGAUGUGACCCUGGACUGCGAGUUCUCCUUUAUAGAAAGCACAGAAAACCUCGAGUUUUACUGGGAGAGAGAAGACAUAAUAGAGGAAUAUGAGGUGGAAGACCGUGACUUUUAUCGCUUUUUUAGGUACUAUGACUUCUUUCAAGUGUUCACAAAGGUGGUUUACCAGUUUUACGAUAAUGCGGAGCAACUUGAAGACCAGAAUGCCUUGUAUGAGGGAAGAGUCUCUGUGGAUCAGAGUGAAAUCUCGGAGGGGAUUCUGUCCCUUCUGCUACGAAACGUGGAUUUCAUGGACGAAGCUUUGUACAAGUGCUCAGCUGUCGCCCCCAGCGGUAGAGGGGAGAGUACCGUUAAGCUCAUAGUGGAAGAUUCUGAAAUGCCCCAGGUGAAGUUUGAGAAGAUUGAUGAAGAAGAUGUGGUCACAUGCACGUCUAAGGGCUGGUAUCUCACCCCCAAUGUGACCUGGUUAGACCGGGGAGAAAGGGACCUUAGCAACCACAGCACAGUGGAGGUCUUGGAGGAGCAGAUGAAUGGCUUGUACAGAGUGUACUCCGUCCUCAGAUACCCAGUCAAGUUAAAUGAAAAAUAUGUCUGCCACAUUACAGAGACAAAUGAAAACAACCGGCCCAUCAGAUCCAUCCGGCGGUACCCAAAGAAAAGGUUCGGUGAAUAUGAAUAUUGAGAGAUCUGAAUGCUCUCUGCCCAAGAACCUGCUGUGCCUUCAGUCAGUGGAGUUGCUGGUUUCUCUUGUGAGUGAUGUUCAUUUUGUCCUGGACACUUACUGAUCAUAAACCAAAAACAGGAAACAAGGAGUCAACCAGUCCAGAUUGUUACAUAUUAACAGAGUCUUGCCUCUUGAUCUCUGCUUCUCUCUUUUGUUUAAAAGAUUUGUUUUAUUUAAUCUCAUUCUCCCAACGUGUUAAAUUCUGAGUCAGUUUCCGAAGUCUUCAGUGCAAAAUGAAAGGAGAUUAAAAUCCUGGUGGACUGAG